ACGAGCUAUGAGCUACGAGCUAUGAGCUACGAGCUACGAGCUACGAGCUAGCUUAAACAUGGUUGACCCCGGUUUUCGGUACCCAACCCUAUUCAAAGGACCUUGAGGCGGCCGGAGGAGGAGCAUGAGACCUUGGAAGAGAAGCUUCCGGUCUGUCGUGAGGCGUGGCCGUCCUCGGACCGUCUCACUGCGGUACAUCACGCCCUCAGAGGCCUUUACCACCUGUACACACACGACAUCCCUGACCUUUGACCUCACGUCGGAGCAGGAACAACCCCCCCACACAGGUGAGGAGCAGAUGGAGGUCCAGGGUGGAGCUCCUGACCCGGCGGACCCCAGAAAAGCCCAAAGCUCCUCCCAGGUCCAGAUGCAGGAGGAGGAGGAGGAGGAGGAGGAGGAGGAGGAGAGGACCAGGAGGAGAGCCGAGAGGAGGAGAGCCAAAAAGAGAAGGCAGAAGCAGCGUAAGAAGGAGAGGACGGAGGACGCUUCAGAGGGAGGACCCGUGCGAGAGGAAGUGAACGAGGCGGUGUCCGAGAGUGACGAGGAGGAGGAGGAAGAGGAAUGGACCGCCGUUCCUCCCAGAAGCCGGUGUAACCUGGACUCGGUCCCCGUUGCCGUGACGAGGGAGAAGAGCAACGGGCCGCUGCCGCGUGGGACCUCGGAGGAAGAGCCCGUGUGGGACGUCAGCAGUGCGUUCGUGGCGAACGCCGUCAGCCACAUCAGAAACCUCAAAGGCCUGAAGACCAGAACCACACAGACCAGAGAGGACCAGGAGAACGAGGGCGGCCAGGUGGAGAGCAGAGAGGUGAGGAAGAGGAGGGGCGAGUCUCUGACAGUGCAGGGCAUCCAGAUGUUCGGGCGCGGCCGCUACAGCCACGCGGUGGACAUGUUCACCGCGGCCAUCCACUGCGACCCCACGGACCACCGUUUCUACGGCAACCGGUCCUGCUGCCUCUGGUGUCUGCAGCGGUUCCCGGCCGCGCUGGCCGACGCCCACAGGGCCGUGCAGCUGGCCCCCGAUUGGCCGAAGGGCCACUUCCGUAAGGGCUGCGCUCUGAUGGGGUUAAAGCGCUUCAGGGAGGCCGAGGCCUCCAUGCUCCAGGUGUUGCUGCUGGAUGGAGGCUGUAAGGAGGCGUCCAGGAAGCUCGUCGCCUGCCGGGCGCUGCAGCUCACGAAGCUGGGCUCCGAGGAGGCGCAGAGCAAAGCGCUGCUGGAGAAGUCCACCGGCGUCCAGGCGCUCGCCGCCUCACCGGAGGCCCAAACACUGAAGCAGGACCAGAGUGGGAGCUGUCGCUCUCUGUGGGUGGGCAACAUCACGCUGGAGGUGACGGAGAGAGACGUCCUGUCUCUCUUUGAGAUGGCGGGCGAGAUCGAGAGCGUCCGGGUUCUCCACAAGCGUUCCUGCGCCUUCGUCAACUUCAAGAACGCCAACAUGGCCGUCCGGGCGCUGGAGCGGCUGCAGGGCGCCGAGCUCGGGAGCGGCAGGCUGGUGAUGAGGUACCCGAACCGCCGGACCCGGACCGCCACGACCCCCACGACCCCCAUGACCCCCACGACCCCCCAACCAAGGACCAAUGCUGCAGGGACACAGCAGAGCUCACCGGCCACAGGGUCCAGACGGUGCGUCCCCAUAAACGGAGACGAGUGCUUCUACUGGCGGACCUCGGGCUGUUUCUAUGGCGACGCCUGCCGCUUCAAACACACGGCCGACCAACGAGGCCGAGACAAGAAGCCGUGGCAGCCUUAGCAGUGUGUGUGUGUGUGUGUGUGUGUGUGAGUGUGUGUGUGAGUGUGUGUGUGAGUGUGUGUGUGCGUGCGACGCCAUGUUUCCACACCCAGAGGCCCCUCGUCCGGGUCGUUCAGUCGGACGUGCAGUCUGCGGCCUCGCCACCAGAGGGCGCCAGAGCCAACGACACUCUGGUCCUUUUUUAAAGCCAGGAGUUUCAUAAAGUCUUUGGAGAUGUAUAAAUAUUUGGACAAAACAAUAAAUGAAUGAAACCAACAUAUAUUUGUUGAAGUCUCGCCGGUUGCCUCGGCAACAAGCCAACGGGACUCUUUCUUUUGAUUUUGGAUUAUUACAGUGAAAUAAACUCUUUUAAAGCUU